UAAGAGCCAUACUAGUCAAGAUUUAUCCAUCCAAUUUUUCCCAACACAAUAUUAAAGUCUACUUGCCUUCGCCCUGACCCCAUCACACUCUUCUUCGAACUUAGAUUCUUUAGCUUCUAUUUUUAGAACUCGUUCGUUUUUGUUUUCAUAAACUUGUACUAUCAAUUAAGUCUGAUCGUAACAAUGGUACAACCCCAUGUCCUCUUGGUGACAUUUCCAGCACAAGGCCAUAUAAAUCCAUCUCUCCAAUUUGCCAAGAGGCUAAUCAAAUUGGGCAUUGAGGUAACCUUUGCCACGAGCGUUUUCGCCCAUCGUCGUAUGUCGAAAACUGCGACUUUUACUGUUCCCAAGGGCUUAAACUUCGUGCCAUUCUCUGAUGGAUACGACGAUGGUUUGAAACCUGACGUGGAUGAUCCUAGACGUUACUUGUCGGAAAUAAGAAAUCGCGGUUCUCAAGCAAUAAGAGAUAUCAUUCUGAAGAGCUCAGACGAAGGACGUCCUAUCACGUCCCUCGUCUACACUCUUAUGCUUCCUUGGGCCGCUGAGGUAGCGCAUGAACUCCACAUCCCGUCCGCGUUACUAUGGAUUCAACCAGCAACUGUGCUAGACAUAUAUUAUUUUUACUUCAAUGGUUAUGAGGAAGAAAUGAAGUGUAGCACCAAAGAUCCGAAUUGGUGUAUCCAAUUGUCAAGGCUUCCAUUAUUUAAAAGCCAAGAUCUUCCAUCUUUUUUAGUUGCUUCUAGCUCGAAAGAUGGAAAAUAUGGCUUUGUUCUACCAGCAUUUAAAGAGCAAUUAGACACAUUAGAUCGUGAAGAAAAUCCAAAGGUACUUGUGAAUACAUUUGAUGCGUUAGAGCCAGAGGCACUUAAAGCUAUUGAAAAGUACAAUCUAAUUGCGAUUGGACCAUUGGUUCCUUCAGCAUUCUUGGAUGGAAAAGACCCCUUGGAUUCUUCCUUUGGUGGUGAUCUUUUUCAAAAGUCAAAUGAUGACUACAUGGAAUGGUUGAACUCAAAGCCUAAGUCAUCAAUUGUUUAUAUUUCAUUUGGGAGUAUCUUAAAUUUAUCAAGAAACCAAAAGGAGGAGAUUGCAAAAGGGUUGAUAGAAAUUAAAAGGCCAUUCUUGUGGGUAAUAAGAGAUCAAGAAAAUGUGAAAGAAGACGAAGAGAAAUUAAGUUGCAUGAUCGAAUUGGAGAAGCAAGGGAAAAUAGUGCCAUGGUGUUCACAAGUUGAAGUCCUAACACAUCCAUCUCUAGGAUGUUUCGUCUCGCACUGUGGAUGGAAUUCGACUCUGGAAAGUCUAUCGUCAGGCGUGCCUGUGGUGGCAUUUCCUCAGUGGACAGAUCAAGGGACGAACGCUAAGUUAAUCGAAGAUGUUUGGAAGACAGGUGUCAGGGUGAAAGCGAAUGAAGAUGGUGUGGUUGAGAGUGAAGAGAUAAAAAGGUGCAUAGAGAUUGUAAUGGAUGGUGGAGAGAAAGGAGAAGAGAUGAGAAAGAACGCUAAAAAAUGGAAAGAAUCGGCAAGGGAAGCUGUGAAAGAAGGUGGAUCUUCAGAAAUGAAUCUAAAAGCUUUUGUUCAAGAAGUUGGCAAAGGUUGUUGAGAUUACAUUUUUAGUGAACAAUUGUUUUCCUAUAUGCAAUUAUCUCUUUCCUAAUAAAAUUUAGUGUUUAUGCA